CACCACCACUGCCUAUACAAUCUCUGCCGAGGCCCGGACUGGAAUUCGCGCCCGCCACGCUCUUUAUUCUCGGAACCAGUCACUUUACGUGACUCUGGCACACGGGUUUCAAAAAAAAAAUGGCCUACAACCUCACUACGUCCACCAUCCCUUCUAUGAUCUCCGCCUACCUCCCUCCUUCGCUCCACCCCUUCCUUCUCCUUUCCUAUCCUCUUCCCCCAUCGGGCGAGCUCUUGCUCGAGCCCUUGGCUAAUGGAAGCUCCAGCGUUAGCUCCAGCGGGACACUGUACGGCAAAGGUCCGCUUGACGCAUACUUUGUCCUGUUCUGGGCGGUCGCGUUCACUGCUUUGAGAUGGACGACGAUCCACUAUCUCUUCUCGCCCAUCGCCCGGCUGUUGCUCCCCCGGCUAAAGGCCAUCAAGGGACAAGAGAGAGAAUGGAAUAGGGCCGAGAGGAAGAGAGAGCAUGUGGUUCUGAGGUUUGCAGAGCAGGGCUGGAGCUGGUUGUACUGUACUGUGUUCUGGUCGUUUGGAUACUACGUCUUGACCCGAUUCCCCAACCCCACCUCGCCUGAGCAACUUUGGGGCACCUAUCCAUUCCACCCCCUGCCCGGUUCUCUCAAGUUUUAUUACCUCGCCCAGCUUGGAUGGUGGUUCCAUCAGCUGCUCGUGAUCAACUCUGAGAAACGCAGAAAAGACCACUGGCAGAUGUUUGGUCACCACAUCUUGACCAUCGUGCUGGUGGUCGCGAGUUAUGCGAUGAAUUUUACAAGAGUGGGCGUCUUGAUCCACUGUUUGAUGGACUUUUGUGAUAUUCUGCUACCUUUUGCAAAGAUGCUCCGGUACAUGGGUUGCACUACCGCGUGCGACCUCGCCUUUGUCGUCUUCCUCGUCUCUUGGUUCCUCACCCGCCAGGUUGGCCUCUUUCUCGUCAUCCUCACCACCUACCGUAACGCCCCUGCCUACAUUCCGCAUAUAUGGGCCCCCGAAAAGGGCAUGUACUUUACACGCAAUGCCUAUGUGGGAUUCGUGGCGCUGUUGGGCACGCUAUGGUGUCUGGCAACGGCGUGGUUCUACAUGGCGUGUGUUGUGGCUAUCAGGGUGGUGAGGGGACUGGGGGCGGAAGAUUCUCGGAGUGAAGAGGAUGAGGACGAGAGUGUAGAGGGCGAGGAGGUGUUGGAAGAUGUGCCCCAGGUGGUGGGGACCUCGAGUGCGGUGGAGCAAGACGGGGAUGUGAGGAAGCGGAGAUGAGGCGGGCGUUCAUGUACAGGGAGGCGCGGGGCGUACUAGCAUAGCAUUGACCACCAACGAAAAAUACCAAAAUGUGUAGCUUCAUUCCUCUUCCUUUUUCGACUUUUUUCCCUUCUAUAGACUUUUGACGCUGUUCUGGCAAGGAUACCUUCAUCACGGUUCUACGAUGAUCUCAUAUAUGCAUCUCAGACAUCUUUGG